AUGACUUCGACCAAGCCCAUCUUUGUGGCUACACACCCGCGAGCAUGCUCGACGGCCUUUGAGCGCGUCUUCAUGACGCAGCGUGACACGAUUCAGUGUGUUCACGAACCCUUCGGCGAUGCGUUCUACUACGGCCCGGAACGCCUAUCCAGCCGAUUCGCAGGCGAUGAACAAGCCCGCCUCAACAGUGGAUUCGCCAACUCUACAUAUAGUACCGUGAUGGAUAGACUUGACCGGGAAGCUUCACAGGACAAGAGAGUCUUCAUCAAGGACAUCGACCACUAUCUGCUUCCCCCAAGCGGAAAGCCGGCCAGUCCUGCCCCGUCUCUGCUGCACGUUAAGCGCGGCGUCGGGACCAACGGUGACCAUUCCAACGGUGUGAACGGCGUGGGUAGUACCAACGGCCAUGUCAACGGCCACGCCAACGGUCACACCAACGGGGUCAACGGAACCUCGAACGGGGUUGAUGGUAGCCACACCAACGGUGUCAACGGCCACACCAAUGGUCACACCAACGGCCACACCAACGGCGUCAAUGGCGAAACCAACGGCGUUGAGAAGGAGCCAUACCCGUAUAACACCACCCCAGAGGCCGGUAACCCAACAGUGAUGCCCCGAGAAAUCCAGGAGCAGUUCCACUGGGCCUUCCUGAUCCGUGACCCGCACUACAGCGUGCCGUCGUACCUGCGGUGCACGAUUCCACCCCUGGACGACGUGACCGGGUUCCACAACUACGACCCUCGCGAGGCCGGGUAUGACGAGCUGCGUCGACACUUCGAUUACCUCCGCGAGACUGGGCUCGUUGGGCCCCACGUAGCCACUCGUCCAGAGCUGUCAGAGUCGGAUGCCGAGUCGAAGGGUGUUGAAAUCUGCGUCAUUGAUGCGGAUGACAUGCUUGACGAGCCGGCUAAGACCAUGGAGGCCUUCUGUAACAGCGUUGGUUUGCCGUAUAACCCUGAGAUGCUGCUCUGGGAUACCGAGGAGGAUCACGCCGUUGCUAGAAAUGCGUUUGAGAAAUGGCGUGGCUUCCAUAAUGAUGCUAUUGAAUCCAAGGCUUUGGAGCAGCGCACUCAUAAACGCCCAACCAAGACUGAGGAGCAGUUUGAUGCCGAGUGGACGAAGAAGUAUGGUGAGGAGCACGCUGCUCUCAUCCGCAAGACUGUUGAUGAGAACAUGGCGGAUUACCUGCACCUCAAGUCUUUCGCUGUGAAGGUUUAG